GCGGGUUGAGGAGGAGGAGGAGGAGGAGGAAGAGAGGAAGCUAAAGGGGGGAGCCCAUUUUCUUCCUUGCAGACGGAUCGCUGGCUGGAUUGCAAUUUGCAAAGGGAGCAUGAUUGUUGGUAUAGGAAGUGUCUGCUUUUUUUUUUUUUAAGCCGGGUUAUUCAAAAAACCCCUUUGGUGCAAUUCUCCGUUCAGCAGGAAUGUAGUGUUUCCAGAGUGUGGAAUCUGCAGUUUUAGAAACGGACACAAUUUUUCGUGCCGUUGUGUAGAGAGCAAAGACGAGACAGAGGGGGCUGCAAAAGUAGAGGAGUCCCCGAUAGAAGUGUAGCUUGUGUUAACGGCAGUGGUAGGAAUUGGUGAAGGCUAGUGUGCUUCUGGGACUGGGGCUUUUGCCCGCCUGCACCAGGAGGGAUCGUCCACCUCCGCCAGCCUGGAGCAUCAUCUACACGUCUCCCCAGGCAGCUGCGGCCACCUGGCUUCUGAGGCCAGCCUGAUGGCGGAGCCUCGCUUUAACAACCCCUACUUCUGGCCACCCCCUCCCACCAUGCCCAGCCAGGUAAGACCCCCUCCCUACCCUGCAGCAAGAGAAGCGAGGAGGGGCAGCUGUUUGCAGUCGUGGGUGAGGUCCGGCUGCAGAGCAGCGCGAUCCCAGCUGGACAACUUGGUUCUGAUCAAUAAAAUCAAGGAGCAGCUGAUGGCAGAGAAGAUCCGGCCCCCUCACCUGCCCCCCACCUCGGUCUCCUCCCAGCAGCCCCUGCUGGUGCCCCCCUCGCCUGCAGAGAGCAGCCAGUCCAUCAUGUCCCUCCCCAAACUGCAGCAGGUCCCAGGGCUGCUCCCACAGGCCGUCCCCCAGCCUGAUGUGGCCCUGCAUGCCCGGCCGGCCACCAGCACGGUCACAGGUCUGGGGCUGGCCUCCCGUGCCACUGCAGUCAGCACCUCGGAAUCCAGCACUGGCACUAGCACCCCCUCUACCCCCACCUCCACCAGUCAGAGCAGACUCAUCGCCUCCUCGCCCACCCUCAUCUCAGGGAUCACCAGCCCCCCGCUCCUGGACUCCAUCAAGACAAUCCAGGGCCACAGCCUGCUGGGGGCGCCCAAACCAGAGCGAGGGCGAAAGAAGAUCAAGGCGGAGAACCCGUCGGGGCCGCCCGUCCUCGUAGUGCCCUACCCCAUCCUGGCCUCAGGCGAGACAGCUAAAGAGGGCAAAACCUACAGGUGUAAAGUCUGCCCCCUGACCUUCUUCACCAAGUCGGAGAUGCAGAUCCACUCCAAGUCGCACACAGAGGCCAAACCUCACAAGUGCCCGCACUGCUCCAAAUCCUUCGCCAACGCCUCCUACUUGGCCCAGCACCUGCGCAUCCACCUGGGUGUGAAGCCGUAUCACUGCUCUUACUGUGAGAAAUCUUUCCGCCAGCUCUCCCAUCUCCAGCAGCACACCAGAAUUCACACUGGCGACAGACCCUACAAGUGCCCACACCCUGGCUGUGAAAAGGCUUUCACACAGCUCUCCAACCUCCAGUCACACCAGCGACAGCACAACAAGGAUAAGCCCUACAAGUGUCCGAACUGCUACCGGGCGUACUCGGACUCGGCAUCGCUGCAGAUCCACCUCUCUGCACACGCCAUCAAACACGCCAAGGCCUACUGCUGCAGCAUGUGUGGGAGGGCCUACACCUCGGAGACGUAUUUGAUGAAGCACAUGUCCAAACACACCGUGGUGGAACACCUAGUGAGCCAGCACUCACCUCAAAGGACGGAGUCACCCGGCAUCCCAGUGCGGAUCUCGCUCAUCUAAUUUGGGGCUUCCUCGCCCACCCCUACCCUGCGCAGCUCUCCUCCCCCCAAUCCGGAUCGCCAGGGGCCAGGGGGUGGCUUGGAGACGAUCACACAGACCACCCCCCCGGCACCGCCACCGAGUGCCCACGCCUGCCAAGCCACGGGGAGCAACUGCGAAGACACUCAUCUUUUGGGAGAAAUUAAUGAAUGAAUUAAUGUUUGGAAAACACCCCUCGGCCCUGGCCCCGCCCCCAGCACCCUGCCGGGAGAGCCAGGGACUCGUCCACAGUUUUGGUGACAUCCAAAGACUAUUUCAGAGCACUUUGAAUCUCUGUGUUUGAUUUCUUCAUUUUCUUUCUUUUUUUCCCUUCUUUCUUCCCCCACCCCUAUUCUCCAUGCUCCUUUCUGCUCUCUUUUGGAUACAAGUAGAUAUAUAUUGGCCAAGAAGUUGGUGCUGCUAAAACCGAAAACCCAAACUGGACAGAGAAGUGCUGGAUGGCGUGGCGGGCAGGAUCCAGGGCCUGGCACUCGGGAUCCUACAGCCUCAGGAUGAGACUCUGGGACGUGACCAGCCUGGCGCUUGGUAUCUGCUGCCCCUCCUGGACUCUCCGUUGGGAGCCAGCAUGAGAGGGGAAUGGGUUAACCUGUUGGCUGGAGAGGUGAGAUCUGGUGGCGUGGGGACAGGCACUCGAGCAGCAGCCGCAGAAGGGAGACCUUUGUUCCGCAGACGUGGCUGUUCCCCACUGGGGCUUGUCCCUCUGCUGCUUUGUCUAACCUCGUUGGGAUGUUUUGGUGGUUUUCUUUGGUUUGUUUCAUUUGUCCUGUUUCGAGCUGCACAGGACUGGCUGGCUCCGUGGCCAUGCCAUGGUCCGUGCGCAUUUCACCCACGCCCUCCCGUGGCGGCGCGAGGAAUCGCUGCUGGGGCUCGCCCAGCUGGGGUAAGUGUGGGGGCUGCCGGAGGAGGUGCUCAGCCUAUGACAGGGACACAGUCGGGGCUGGCCAAGUUCAUCGAGGGCAGGGCUGGCCAUGCCUGUGUGGAAUCCAGAGAUGUAGCCCAUGGAGACCGCAGGUCCCAGCAUGCCAUGCUCUAGUUUGAGCUAAGCAGUAUCCCACCAGAUCAGGAAAGCGCAUUUCCUGCUUGGAGCUGUAGUCUGUAGGAUUGGGACAGCGAGUCAGGGAGACUGGCCAGCUCUGGUAUAGUCCCAGCUGUGGGCUCCCCUUUCCAGACCCCAGCUCUGCUAGGCCAGCCAUGGCGGAUGGGAGUGGAGGGGCACUUUGGCCAUGGUGCUGAGGAUCGGGGGCGGGGGCAUGGGAUUUCACAGCAGGAGUUUGGGAGCCUCAGCUGCCCACAGUCCACUGCCUCCCCCCCACCUCGAGUCCACCUGGUGCUAACUAGGGAUUGUCCUGAGAUAUGAAGGGGUGUUUGCUAAGGAAGAGCGAGUGUGAGAGAGGGGGAGGGGGGCACUCACCACAGGUUAUGUUCUUUGACGUGGAUUGUUUUUCAGUCUCUCUUCCCCACUGUGGGCAUCCAGUGCUGCUGCUCUGGAAGCCGGGGCAUCACAGCAGCCCAGGCUAUCAGGGUUUCCAGAGUGGCAGCAGCCAGGGGCAAGGGAGCAGCCUGGGGUCUCCUCUCUCUCUGUUACCUCUUGGAUCCUGUGUUUGCUUAUCAAAGGGCUGGGCCCCAGGCAGAGUGUUGCAUGUGGGAGAGGGGAGUCCGCCCCAUGGGAAAGCUCCCUCCAGACCACCCCUACCAGGAAUGUCUCCACCCCCUGCGCCAUGCAGUACAACAGGCCCUUCCCCCUGGCUCUGCCCCUCUGCCCAGGUUCCCAGCAGGGCACUGACAAGCGCUUUCUGCACUGUCACAAGAUUUACAUAGAAACCCCAUACGGUCCCUGAACCCUGCAGUGAGGCUACCGCUGGCCCAGUCCCUGGGGCUUUGGAGCAGUCGGUUGCUGUGGCACCAGUCAGCUGCCGUGCGAAUUUCCCUGUCUCCUGCUGUAUUUGUGCAGGAUGGUAAUGAAGCCACCUGCAGAGCA